AUGCCAUUGCAGAGAUCCGCCUCUUCCUCAGCCUCCGAGUCUGCACAAUCUCCUUUCUACCUCACAGCUACGGCAAGCGCCGCAACCGCCGCUGCUAUCGGUUCUGCUGCUUGGUACUAUCAAUUUGCCGGUCAAGAUGCGUUUGCCAUGACGCCUGCGGAAGAAGGUCUUCACCCAUCACAAUAUCCCUGGGAGCACACCCGAUGGACAAAGACAUACGACCAUGGAACUCUCCGUCGCGGCUUCCAAGUCUACCGAGAGGUUUGCGCCGCCUGCCACUCGCUCAACCGCAUUCCGUACCGCAAAAUUGUCGGCAGCUUCGCCACGGUCGACGAGAUGAAAGCCAUGGCUGAAGAGAACGAAUACGACAACGAGGACCCCAACGACGAGGGCGAGAUCGAGAAACGCCCAGGCAAGCUCUCCGACUACCUCCCAGCACCAUACAAGAACGACGAAGCUGCUCGUGCAGCUAACAAUGGCGCCCUGCCCCCGGAUCUAUCGCUUAUGGUCAAGGCCCGCCACGGCGGCGUCAACUAUAUCUUCUCACUACUGACUGGCUAUCCCGAGGAGCCGCCUGCUGGGGCGGUCGUGCAAAGCGGUCUGAACUUCAACCCUUACUUCCCCGGUACUGGUAUCGCCAUGGCACGUGUUCUGUACGAUGGACUGGUCGAGUACGAAGACGGAACACCGGCUACAAGCUCACAAAUGGCUAAGGAUGUGGUCGAGUUCCUCAACUGGGCGGCUGAGCCGGAAGCCGAUGAGCGCAAGAAGAUGGGUCUCAAGGUCCUAGUCAUUACGAGCACGCUGUUCGCUCUCAGUGUCUGGGUUAAGCGCUACAAGUGGAGCCCUAUCAAGUCACGAAAGAUCGUCUACAACCCUCCACCAGAGACGCGGACGCGAUAG